GUAGGUUGAUGUCAGUGUGUAACAAAUCCAAUCCCUCCCACCUCCCACUAGAGAAAAGAGGUUAUUACCUUUUUUCUCAUUUAACAAAACAGUUAUAUGUGAAAUUAUUUUUUUGUUGGUUUUAUUACCGUUCUACAAGUACGAUGUAUAAUAUUGUCACGAAACGAAAGUGCAGUGUUACUCUGUGAUUUUCUAGAAUGAUUUAUGUUUUUUAGUUGACAGCUGUGUAUAUGACUAAUAGGCGGUGUUCCUAUGUUAAAUUUCCGGAAAAAAAUACCGUAAACUAUAUGGUGGAAUCAUAUAAUAAAAAUUUUAGUAACAGAAAUUCAGAGUUGAAAUGUUAUUGUGAGAAUAUAAUUGAAUAUAAGAACACUACAAACAUGUCAAAGAAUAAUUUGACUGAUAACGGAUCUAGAAGUGUCUCUUCGAAUAGUUUCAACAGUUUUUUAUCUGAUGGGGACAUUAUAGAAAGUGGUUUGGAAGAUGUCAGCAUCACCAACAAACACAACAGACCUUCGUCCACUUCCAAAUCGAUGAAAGCUAAAAGAAUAAGAUUUUAUCACAAUGGAAAUAAGUUUUUUAGUGGAGUAGUGAUUCCAGUCGCUCCUGAGAGGUAUAGAUCAUUUGACAGUUUAACUAAUGAGUUAACAAACAUUCUUACUAAAAGUGUGACUUUACCCAAUGGUGUUAGAAAUAUAUAUGCCAUGGAUGGAAAGAAGAUUAGUAAUAUAGAUGAUCUCGAAGACGGUAAAGAAUAUGUUGUAUGCGGUAAAGGAGAGCUGUUUAAAAAAAUUGAUUAUACGAAAACAGACAUUCUUAAGCCGAAACGUUUAUCGAAUACCAAAUUUACGUUAAACAAUAUGUCUAGCGUUCCGAGAAUUGUUGUUCCGGAUUGUGUCCGGCCAAAAAUCGUAACCAUCAUUAGAAACGGAAUUAAACCCAGAAAGAUUUACCGAUUACUUCUCAACAAAAGAAACUCUCCCAGUUUAGAGCAAGUCCUUAGCGCCUUUUCUGAAAUAGCUCAGUUCGCUGUAAGAAAAGUUUUCUCCAUAUCAGGACAAUCCAUCAACGAUUUAUCCCAAUUUUUUGAAAACGACGACGUUUUCUUCAUAUACGGAAACGAAAAAUACCAAUCUAGUGAUUUCGAAUUAGAAUUCGAAGAAAGUAAAGCCAUACAAUCUUAUAAAAAAACAACUAUACAUAGAAAUGGCGGUGGUCCUAAGCCUAAAAUGCCUAAAAAGGAAUUGAACAGAACCUACGAAUCUGAAGAGAGUUUAUUGAAGAAAUUAAGCGAAGAAAGUAACUUAAUUUUACCUCCCCCUCUUAAAUCUAAGUAUGUAGUAGGAAGGAAAGUUAUAGGGGAUGGAAAUUUUGCAGUAGUUAGGUUAUGUCGAGACAUCACUACAAACAAGGAAUACGCUUUAAAAAUCAUAGAUAAAUCAAAAUGCAAAGGAAAGGAAGACAUGAUCGAAAACGAAGUAAAAAUUCUUAGGAAAGUGGAUCACCCCAACAUAAUGUCCCUUAUAACUGAUGCCGAUACUAAAAAUAUUUUGUAUUUAGUUUGCGAAUAUGUAACGGGUGGAGAUUUAUUCGACCAAAUCACAAUUGCUCAAAAAUAUUCAGAAGAGCAAGCUGCCUUAAUGAUAAACAAUUUAGUAUCGGCUUUGGCGUAUCUGCACAGUAUUAAUAUAGUCCAUAGAGAUGUGAAGCCUGAAAAUUUAUUAGUAGAAUUAGAUGACAAUUAUAGAGUAAAAUUAUUAAAAUUGGGCGAUUUUGGAUUAGCUUGCGAAGUUACGAGGCCUUUGUAUACUGUUUGUGGUACUCCUACUUACGUAGCACCUGAAAUUUUGACUGAAUCCGGUUAUGGACUUAAGAUUGACGUAUGGGCGGCAGGAGUAAUCCUUUACAUUCUCCUCUGCGGUUAUCCACCUUUUGUCAGCCAAGACAAUGAUCAAGAAAAGUUGUUCGAUUGUAUAUUAUCCGGCCAAUAUGAAUUUCCCGAAGAAUACUGGCAGGACGUUUCAUCUUCCGCGAAAGAACUUAUCCAGAAUAUGCUUCAGCUCGAUCCAGAGCUCAGGUUUUCAGCUGAAGAUGUCCUGGAUCACCCUUGGCUCCAGACUAUAUCCGCCUAGGACAUUAUUUAUUUUUAUAUUAUUGUUAAUUGAGUAUUUAUUUUUUUAUAUCUGACGUUUCUUAUAAAGUGGAGUGUAGGCAGGUAAAAAUAAACUAUUUUUUUUUCGACAAAAAAAAUUACCCAUUUUUUGAAUUAAUUUUUAUUAAUGAAUAGCUAAUUCAGAUAGUUUAACCCUCAAAGGACCGUUAUCAUUGACUUUGGCCCUUCUAAAUAUGAUUCAUUUAGACUUUUGAUUCUUAAAAAUGGUUUUUGUAAUAUUUUUUAUUUAUAUCCUAUUUUUUUAUGUAUUGAUGUACUAAUCUAGAAAAAAAUCAAUAACAAUUUGAAAUUUUUAAAGUUUCUGUCAUAAAUUAGCUAUUGAUUUACUACUUUUUCUGUACCUAUCUACACUUUCUCGACAAAAAACUCGACUUUGCUCUAAUUUUAUCGAAAAUUGACUUUUUUUGUGAUGAUUUUGAAAUUCAGUUGCAGAUAUCGAACUGCUGAUCAAAAAGUAAUCGAUACAUUAAAUUCAUCUACGAAAACAGAACCAGUAGGUAACAUUUUUCUUUUAAUCUACACAAAUGAAAUUGUACAUCACAGUUCCUAUGUAACACCCUGUAUAACACGAUUAAAAGAUUGAGAACCUGCAACAUUAUAUGAAUGUUCGAAUAUGUGAGAUUUUUUUGCUGUUUUUCAUUUUAAAAAAGACAUUUUGGCAGCAUCGUUUAUUAUAAUGAAAAUACUUUGCGUAGUAUACAAAAAAUAGAUUAUCGAACUGAAUUCGUAGUGAAAUUACGCAUAUCACGCCUAUAAAACAUGAAAAAGGAAAUGUCUAGUAACUGUCAACUGUCACUUGUCUGAACACAGCAAUAAUAUACGUAUAGUUAUAUAGACAGUUGCGUAAUUAAAACUGUUAGCCUAAAACGAAACGAAUUGUUUGCUUGUUGCCAAAUUUAUCGUUAUUGGCAUACUAGAUUAGUAGAAUUCGAUAUGAAUUGACAGAUGAUCGUAUUAAGUGAAAUUUUUUAACGUGAUCAUCGACGGUAACUAAAGUUUCAUUUGAGUUUCUAGUACUUUUAUAAAUAUAUAUACAAAGUGAUUUUUUUUAAAUCCAAAUUUAUAUAAAUCUCAUAUUAUUUAAAUAAUUACCGUAUUCUGUGAUUUAUAAAAAAAAUAUUGACAAUUGUGCCUUUUUUUAUCAACAACAUAUGUCUGAUUGUCUCAUGUCCCUUUUAUUCAAACCAGAUACGAUGAUAUAUUCACCUCCUUAUGAUUUACAAUCUUCUAUACAAAAUGCCUAAAGAACGUUUCGUUCCAAACAGUUCCAGUACAAUAAUAUUGGAAAUGGUAAGAAAAAUACCAUAAAGUAACAUUUCGAUAAACAUUGGUGGAGACUAAAACCUUUAUCUGACUGACAAAAAAAAGUUAAACCCCCACAGCUUCUUACUUGAUGCACGAUUUGAUAUUCAGCUUCACUAAAUGAAUCACUAAUUCUUUAUAUCUCCAUAAGAUGGUUGACAUCUUGGAGUUUUAAUUCCCCCCUCUAUCUUCCUAUAAAAAAGUGCUACUAAAAUUUGUGGAGGAUACUGUAAAUUCGACACACGGUCAAUUAGAGAUAGGUGAAGAGAUGUUGGAGACAAGUUUAUACCAGUUGCAUUGAUUACUAUUAAAAGAAAUGUAUGGGAUGAUACACUGUGAUCUAGCAGUACCAGACCCCAGGUAUAAGCGACUACAAUGAUUUUGCUGAUGCUGAAUCAAUCUCUAAGAUCCGAAACCUGAAAGGUUUUAUCAUUUAGUAGUCGCUCUGCGAGGUGCGCAUCCCAUAGUUAAAGCGAUUGACAUCCUCUUGGGUUUUGCACUUUAUAAAAAAAGUGCUGUGAAGUUUAUUAUAUUCAAUUGGGGAUAAGUCAGGAGAUUUUGGUGGCCAGGGUAAAUGUGUUACAUUGUAAAUAAUAGAGCUAUGACAAUCUCUAGCAGAAAAAUAAGUGUAUGGUGAUCUGCUUCCAUACUAGCACUUCGUCUCUAAAUCGGCUUCUUAGUACUGCCGGACUCCAGAUAUAACAAAUGAUGUUCAGCUUUAAAAGGCAGUAUCAAGAAUGGACGCUAAUCGUUUUUUAUGAUACAUCAAACCGUAUUAAUCAUAAUCUGCUAAACUAGCUUCUAAGAGCCGAAAGUGUUGAUGAUCUUGUCAUUUUGUAGUUGCUCUGAGGUCCAUAUCCCCUGGCUCUAUAACCUCGCCUGUAGACCAAGUAGUAUAGUGUGUAAAGAUCUGUUGGUCCUAUUGGAAACUUUGACCGUCAAUCAGUCAGAAUAACUCUAAAAAUUAAUCAUGGAUGGAGCAGAAUUUUUGGCAUACGUAAACAUCAUUCCAAAAUUUUAUUCCCGAAGAAUAUAAUGGAAUCUAACGUUAAAACUUUUAAUAUUAAAAAAUAUAUUGGUUUUUAAAAGACCAUCGACGCAUAUGUACAGAAUAUAAUUUAUGUUUUAAUAAAUUUUACCUUUUUUGAGUAUAAAAUACAUGAAAAGUCCAUUAAAAUUUUUUAUAUACUUAUAUACAUGCUACUAAUUACAUAUUUAUCUUUUUAUUAGUUCAGAGUAUUAGUUUUGGAAAUACUGACAGCUACUUAGCUAAUUACAAGUUAUACAACUUAGAAAAUAAAAACUAAUAAUUUUAUAAUACAAAUGGAAUUUAGUAAAACUUGUUUAUUUCAAUAUUAUUCCUUCAAUUGUUAAUUUUUGUCAUUGAAGCUUAACAAAAUCAAUAUAAAUGACCAAUUUUAUCUAUUAUGAACAAUUUUUCUUUGAUUUUUUACCUUCGUGGUACAUCAAUUUUUGUUUCUUUGGUUUUUUACAUUCAUCAGGUUUUGUUUACAUGGGAACCAUUCUCCCAAUGACCAAUUUUAUCUGCUCUAAUCCAUCAAUAUUUGUUUCUAUAGCACUCAUUUUUCAAAUGAUGAAUUUUAUUUGUUCUAAUUCCUUCUACUUUGAGCUUUAUCACCUCUGGUUCAUUACGAAUCCUUCUUUGGUUCAUCAGUUUCCAUCCCAACGAUCGAUUUCAUCUGUUCUGAUCCUUCCUGGUUCAUCAAUUUUUGUUUCCAAAUGACUAAUCUUCGAAAUGACUAAUUGUAUUUGUUCAGAAUUCUUCUGCUUUGGGUUUUGCCACCUCUCAUUCAUUAUUUGAUUCUUCUUUUUUUACCAAGUCCGAUUUAUCAUUUUCUAUCCCAAUGAUCAAUUUCAUCUGUUCUGACCCUUUUGGGUUCAUCAAUUUUAGUUUCCAAAUGACUAAACUUCAAAAUGACGAAUUUUAUUUGUUCUAAAUUCUAAUUCUAGUUUCACCAUUUCUGGUUCAUUAUGAAUCCUUUUUCAGUUAAUAACCUUCUUGGUUCCUCAGUUUUUACCAUUUCUGGUUCAACUGUUUUGUUCAUUCGAUGGUUACAUAGGAACCAUUCUACCAAUAACCAAUUUUAUCUGUUCUGACCCCUCUUGGUUAAUCAAUUUUCCAAAUAACGAAUUUUAUUUGUUCUGAAUCCUCCUACUUUGGGUUUUACCAUACCUAGUUCAUUGAUUUUUGUUUCCAUAGGACAAAUGUAAUCUGUCUCAAAUUAUUCUUCAGCUUACACCAUUCCUGGUUAUUUGGCCAUUUUUCCAUUGUUUGCCAUAGUAUUAUCUUUUUGAUAAAUAUUAUUUGUUCUGACACAACAUUUAGAUCAAAAGUUUCCUAUUUCUUGUCACUUUUUUCAAAUAUAACUGGAAAUAAAACUCACUUUAAUCAACUACCGAUUAAUUUAUCUCGUUUUAAAUGUAAAAUAAAAAAUUCAUUCAACUGUACCAAUUAAUCUCAAUUAUUCUUAAACUAAUACUCUCUAUGAUCAUACUUGAAUUAGCACUGAUCUUUGAUUUAUUUUUCAAAAAUCUGGUGCAUUAAGUCAAACUAACUGUAUUUUGAGCAAUUGAAUGACCCCGGACUAGUAUCUCCAAAAUGAUUUGGUUUUACACUUAUUCAGUUUAUCCGUAUUGUUAUAAAAACGAUAAGUAGAAAGUAUUAUUUAUUAUACUGUUCAAUUAUAACAUUAAAUGUAUUUUUGUUUUCUUGUUUUAUUUUAUUUUUUUAUAACACUUUAGAUUAAUUGCUGUAAAGUUCAAGUAGAAUGUAAAUAUAUUAUUUGAGUAGAA